AUGAGUGCCGCUGAAGAAGAGGUCAAGGUCGAGAGAUUGACUCGCAGCCCAGAGAACAAGAUCAGAAUUGAUGGCGCAAAUCAAGCGUCUCCUCCAUCAAAGCCAGUCUACACCUGGCAGCAAUCUGCAGAGUUUGGCCUACAGAUUCAAGUUGAGACUCGAGAGAAGGCCGUCAAGGCCGGCCUCAGUUUCCUCGGCGAUCUGAAUACAGCCCUAGGACUCCACACCGCAGAUGUUCCCAGUGCGAAGAAGUGGAUUGAGCGUAUCAAGCAGAUCACGGGGGAUCGAGGACACACUAGAGUACUGAUUGGAUUUCUAGGAACUACAGGAGCUGGUAAGUCCAGCAUGAUCAACGCUCUGCUUGAGGAAGAAGAUUUGCUUCCUGCCGACGACGAAAAGGCGUGCACAGCUGUCUGCGUAGAAAUCUCGUCAAAUACUGAACCAAUGGAAGCUUAUCGUGCCAAAAUUGAGCGAAUCUCAACCGAGGAUUGGAAGAUCGAAUUGGAAAAACUGUUUCAAGACAUCAGCGACCAGGCCCUGAACAAGGAUGGAGAGGACGGUGAGCCAGAUCUUGAACGAGACAUGCGCAUCAAGACUGCUUUUCAAAAAUUGACAUGUGUUUACCCACAUAUCGAAACUAUUGCCGAUCUGAAGAGUUACACGGUUUCGAAUCUUCUGAAUCAUCCUAAUAUCAAAGACGUCUUGGGUAAAACCAGACACAUUGUCAAGGAAACCCUUGACGAGUUUGCUGCCGCCAUCAAGCCCUACAUUGACUCCAGCAAGUCGAAGCAGGGAGGUGGUAAGCAGUCAUUUGCGCAUUGGCCAUUGGUGAAACUGGUUCAACUCUGGGUCAAGUCAACUAUCCUACAGCACGGUAUCGUUCUUGUGGACUUGCCAGGCUCGAUGGACACAAAUGCUGCUCGAGGCGCAAUAGCGGAGACCUACCAAAAGAACUUGUCUGUCAACUGCGUUGUGGCACCAACUACCCGUGCGGCCAGCGACAAGCCGGCCCAGGAUCUGCUCGGCGAAGUUGCUCAGCGAUCUCUCCAGCUGGAUGGCAAAUUUUCUGCUGACUCUCUAUGCUUCAUCGUCUCAAAGACCGACUCCUCACUUAGUAUGGCCCGCUACAUUAAGAACCACAAGAAUGUCGAAGCUAUGCUCAAAGUUGAGUUCGAGGAGCAGGCUAGCCUCAACAAUAAGCUCGACCGGCUCCGAAUUCACUGCGCUGAAAAGAAGAAAUCGCAGGGCGCAUAUGAGAAGCUGGCUAAAGAUUUGAAAAAGCAGAUGGAGGUAAUUGUCUUUAAGAAGUCUGGUUCUGGAGAUAGUCCCAAGAAGCGCAAGCGGGAAGAUGGAGAACACCCAGAGACUCGUACGCCCAAGCAAAAUGCAAGGCAGACGGAGUACCUUGAACUAGUAGCUAAAAUCAAGGAAGCAAAGAUCGGCGCCGAUAAAGCUGGCAGUUCCCUUCAUUCAGCUACUGAGAAGAUUAGUGCUUUGGAACAAGCUCUGAAAGACAGCGAAUCCCGGAAGCUCGCUGUAUGCGUCAAGAAUCGGAACGACGUGUCGGCAACAGAGAUUCGACGCGAUUUCGAGGGCGCAUCCAAAUAUCUCAGCCGCAAAGGCACCGGCAAGCAACUGCAAGUUUUCUGUGUGUCAGCGUGGGCCUUCGGGCCUCUUUUGAGAGGAGAAAAAGCAAUGAGUGGUUUCCCAAAAAUCAGCGAUACUGGCAUCCCGGCUUUACAAAACUGGCUCACGGAGACGACCUUGCCCACUCGAAACCGAAACGCUCUCUCGUUCCUCGACGAUAUUGUCAGCCUUGAGCUGUCGAUGGUCAAUUGGCUAUCAGAUAACUCUCUGGGAUUUAAAAUUUCUAACUCGGAGCGUAAGAACCUCGACGAAUGCUUCGAACAGCACUUUCAAGGUUUGCAGAAGGAAACAUCAAAGGUCAACUCCCAGAUUGUCCAGAAAUGCAAAUCGACCGUCGAGGAGGGCCUUUUCUCUCAGAUGGUCAAGGUCGAGCUCAUCGCUGGGGGUCAGGCCGAACAGACCGUCAAGAGUUGGGCCCAGCGUCCGAUGCAUUGGAGCACGCACAGAGCAUGCAAUCGCGGACAGGGUAUUUGGAAGACCGUCAAAGGUAUCGAGCACAAUUGGAUUGAUAAAUUGGCUGGUAUCUACUUGCAGCCUCUUACCAAAGAUUGGGACCGAACUUUGCACACCAAGCUUCCAGCUCAGCGCACGUUUUACGAUGACAAGAUCAGCCUACUUAUCCAAAGCUUUAUCGUCAAUGUAUCGACUUCCGUAGGCAAAAUCCUUCCCUCCCUUGGAGACGCCGUUCAGCAAUGGAAGGAGUCGUCGGCCAGGAGCAUGGUGACUAUUCAAAAGAUCUCGCGUGUUAUCUUCGACGAGGAUAUUCAGAAGGUCACUCGAGAUUCGCAUAGAUUAGUCCAGCCAGAGAUCCAGAGGCUCUGGAAACCAACCUUUGACAAAUGCGGCGAGAAUUCUGGACCCGGCCACUUCAAGAGAAAUCAGCAAAGACACGUCCUCUUCGUUCAGAAGAAUGGUCGUCUUAUGUACGAGCAGAGCUCUCGGGCCAUCAAGAAUUCGUUCGAGAAGCUGUGGGAAGGUCUCCCUGCGAACUUUGAUGAGGGAACUGGCCGAGCCAAUCUCCAGAUUCAAGAAGAGUUCAAGGAGAUGCUAGCGAAUUACACUCUGCAUGGCGAUAAAGAGAGCGCAAAGUCAGUGGAGGCUUCUUCGAAGGCACAUCUUCAAGAGAAAAUUCGGCGUCUAUUCAAUGAUCUGAAGACCGCAUGGGCUGAGACCAUCGAAAUCCCAGAAGUCGCCGAAGAGGUCGAAUCCGAGUAUGAAGAGAUCGACAUCGAGGGUGUGCUGAAAGAUGACGAGCAGGAUGAAGAAUUCAUCGACCUGAUCGAUUCUUCUGAUGAGGAUUAG